UGACGGAGAUGCGGCUGAGCCUUUGCCAAAUCAGGUCUCGCUGCUGCACCCACGCAACACCGCAGCACUCGGUGAACUGGACAGACAGCUGAGAAAUGGAGCCGCUCAUUGAAAGUUUUCCCUUGCCGGACAGCGAGCAGCACCAGAACCCGGCCGAGAGUCGACUUCCCUUCAGAAACAGAGAGCAGAAAGGCUUCGCUUCAAAGCUCUGUUUGACCUUUGCAGAACCCAUUGUGCGAGCUCACCAGGACGCUGCUGUUUUUACUGUAUAGGGUAUUUAUAACGGCAGAUCAAGAGACUCCUGAGGCGAAUUCCUCCCGGGGAAUGUUUCCGUUGCUCCCGGGGGGACGAGCCAAGCAGUCGCACACUCUGCCUGAAUCAAGAGGGGAGCACUAUGUUAACCACAAGGCACCGCUUAAGCUUAAAAAACCCGGCGCUGCUGCUUUCAGGGGACAAAAGCAGCCACGAGCCAGAGAGAUAACCUGGUCUCCAAUUAGCAGGUCCCUGGAUGCCCCGCGGCGCGCCGUCAUCGGUCGCGCAGUGCUUCCCAAUGGCCGGGAGUUGACCCCGUCACCAAGAAUGACGCUGCGCGAGCAGCUGAGAGAGAAGAUCUCGGCGGCCUUCUACCGCCACGGGCUGCUGUGUGCCUCCUACCCGGUCCCCAUCAUCCUCUUCACCUCCGCCAGCAUCCUCACCUGCUGCUAUCCGUUAUUGAGGCUUCCCCUGCCGGGGACGGGUCCUGUGGAGUUCACCACAGGGGUGCGAGACUACAGCGUCCCUUCCCAUGAGCCUCAGGGAGACCUCGGAGAACGACCCGACUGGUAUCGGGGUCCUCCGGUCGCCUACAUCCAGCAGGUGUUGGUGAAGGCGGCAGUGUCUCCGUGGGACAGCAGCCUGGUGCCGGUGGAUGUGUUUCGGUCACCACUGGGUCGAGCGUUUAGUCUGUUGGAGGAGAUCCGCAACCAUGUCUACUCCGACAGCUCCGGAAUUCGCAGUCUGGAGUCGCUCUGUCUCCAGGUGACCGACCUGUUUCCGGGGCUGCGGCGGAUGCAGUCUGUGCUUCCAGAGCACGGCUGUUUGCUCGUUUCUCCCGGCAACUACUGGCAGAACCAGCAGGAGCUCUUCGACUCGGACCCAGACCUCCUCAAGACCAUCCAGAAACACGAACCGAAAGGCCUGCACACCUCGGCCACCCUGCGAGACCUGCUGUUUGGCGUCCCUGGGAAGUACACUGGCGUCAGUCACUACAACAGGAAGAGAGUGGUGACGUACACAAUCACUGUGGUGCUGUCCAGCUACGAUGCAGGGUUCCUGGGCAGCCUGCGGUCCCGUCUGAAGCAGCUCCACCCUUCAGCCAACUGCAGCCUGAGAGACGACCACAUGGUUCACGUCCACUUUAAAGAGGAGAUCGGCAUCGCUGAGCUCAUCCCGCUCGUCACCACAUACAUCAUCCUUUUUGCCUACAUCUACUUCUCCACACGUAAGAUUGACAUGGUGAAGUCUAAGUGGGGUCUGGCUCUGGCUGCUGUGGUGACAGUCCUCAGCUCCCUGCUCAUGUCUGUGGGACUGUGUACGCUGUUUGGACUGACGCCGACGCUCAAUGGAGGGGAGAUUUUCCCUUACCUGGUGGUGGUGAUCGGCCUGGAGAACGUUUUAGUCCUCACCAAGUCCGUCGUGUCCACCCCCGUCGACCUCGAGGUUAAACUACGUAUCGCUCAGGGCCUUAGUAAUGAGAGCUGGUCUAUCAUGAAGAACAUGGCCACUGAACUUUGCAUCAUCCUCAUUGGAUAUUUCACUCUGGUGCCAGCUAUCCAGGAGUUCUGUCUGUUCGCUGUUGUGGGGCUGGUGUCUGACUUCUUCCUGCAGAUGUUCUUCUUCACAACAGUGCUAUCUAUCGACAUCCGACGCAUGGAGUUGGCUGACCUGAACCGCCGCCUACCAGCCGAGGCAGGGCUUCCGCCACCCAAGCCCGGCCCGCUGCGAACACGAGAGGUUCCUCCUCCCCCACGACCCUCCCCCCACACAAUCACCCUGCAGACCCCGGCCUUCCGUAACCUGAGGCUUCCCAAGAGGCUGCGUGUCGUGUACUUCCUGGCCCGCACGCGUCUGGCUCAGCGCAUCAUCAUGGUUGGCACGGUGAUCUGGAUCGGGAUCCUCGUCUACACCGACCCGGCUGGAAUACGCACCUACCUGGCUGCACAGGUGUCUGAGCAAAGCCCUCUGGGAGAUCCCGGAGGAGGUGGUCUGCCCCCUCACCUGGGCGUAGCCCCCGUCUUUCGUGGAGGAGAUCCUACGAGCACCCUCAGCAUCCACUCUGCACCAGAUCCAACUCCUUUACCUGAAAACCAAUCGCAGGGCCACCAUGGCUCAGCCCGGGCAGGGCCCCUCCCACAGGCCCCGCCUGCCGUGCCCCAGAUCACCUGGGGGGCCGAGGACGAAGAGGGCUGGAGGAGACUCUCCUUCAGGCACUGGCCGUCGCUCUUCAGCUACUAUAACAUCACUUUGGCCAAGAGGUACAUCAGCAUCCUGCCUGUCAUUCCCGUCACUGUUCACCUGAGCCCCCAGGAGGCAAUUGAGACACGCCACCCUCAGGACACCAGACACCCCCCUCCACCCAUUCCUAAGGUCGCUGCAGAUCUACAGACGGACCUCACCCUCUACAAGGUGGCAGCUCUGGGCCUGGCGGCGGGCGUCCUGCUGGUUCUGCUGCUCUUCUGUCUCUACCGGGUUCUCUGUCCACGUAACUACGGCCAGAACGGCGUCCCUCAUGGGCGCCGGCGCCGAGGGGACCUUCCCUGUGACGAUUACGGCUACUCGCCACCUGUCAGCGAGAUCUCACCUCUGCUGCUGAGGGGCCACAGUAUGGACAUCGAGUGUUUGGCCAGUGACGGGAUGCUGCUGGCCAGCUGUUGCCUGGCAGGACAGAUUCGGGUUUGGGACGCCCAGACUGGUGACUGUCUGACCGUCAUCCCCAACCACGGGCUCAGGCGGAGCAGCAGCAGUGGCUGCUGGGAGCAGCGCGACGGCUGGGACAACGUGAGCGGAGCAGCAGAGUCGGAGUGUUUGGGCUCCGACGCCGGCAGCAGCUCCGUUACUGCUGACGGCCUUUCAGAGGAGGAGGGAUACCCACUGAGGCGACGCACUGCUCCCGCCCGGCCGACUCUGUUCACUGACCAGCCGGAUCUCACCCCGCUCAUCGACACCAACUUCACCUCCCAGCCCCCCUCCCACCUCUCCACCCCACCCAGGGACGGCUUCGACUUCGGCGGUUUGGUGGAGCGCGCCUACAUGGAACACGAGCCCCCGUCACCCUCCACCUAUCCCGCCCCUUCCUCUGCCUCCUCCUCGCCGCCUUCUGGAGCUCAGUUCCAGAGGAGACCCAGUUUAGGGGAUGCGUCUGUAUUCUCACCCCAAGAGAAAGCCUCCACAGCAGGGACGCAGGCGACACCAGACUGGGAAAGCUCCGUUUGGGCCAUGGAGCUGCGAGGAAAUCUGAUAGCUGCUGGGAGGAGCAGCGGUAAACUGGAGUUGUGGGAUGCAGUUGAAGGUUCGUUACGUUGCAGUAAUGAAGAUGGAGUCUCUGGGAUCACAGCUCUGGCCUUCCUCAACAACAGAAUCGUAGCAGCUCGACUCAACGGGUCUCUAGAUUUCUUCACCGUUGAGAUAAACAAACCUCUGUGUCUGCUGCAGUACAGAGGUGCUCCCGGGCGAGGCAGCAUGCCUCCCUCCCCCUGUUACAGCAGCGAGGACGUGAUCAGCUGCCAGCUCACGCGCUCGGUACAGUGCGCUCACCAGAAGCCGAUCACGGUGCUGCGAGCGGCCGCUGGACGGGUCGUCACCGGCAGCCAGGACCACACUGUCCGGAUUUAUCGUCUAGAGGACUCGUGUUGCCUCUUCACCCUGCAGGGUCACUCUGGAGGGAUCACAUCCAUCUACAUAGACCAGACGAUGGUUCUGGCGAGCGGCGGGCAGGACGGCGCCAUCUGCCUGUGGGAUGUCUUGACCGGGAGCCGCGUCAGCCAUGUUUACGGUCACCGAGGCGAUGUCACCUCGCUGGUCUGCACCACCUCGUGCGUCAUCAGCUCGGGACUGGAUGACCUCAUCUGUAUCUGGGACCGCAGCACCGGGAUCAAGCUCUACUCCAUACAGCAGGAGGUGGGUUGCGGGGCCAGUCUGGGAGUGAUCUCAGAGUCUCUCCUGGUGACGGGGGGCCAGGGCUGCGUCUCCUUCUGGGACCUAAACUUCGGCGACCUGCUGCAGACCGUCUACCUGGGCCAGAGCAGUGACGGGCAGGGCGUCCGGCAGCUGCUGGUGCUCGACAACGCCGCCAUCGUCUGCGACUUCGGCAGCGAGCUCAGCCUGGUGUACGUGCCGUCGGUGCUGGAGAAACUAGACUGAGGAGAGACGGUGGGAGCACUCGCUUAGGAAGAAUGUGCACUCUGAACAUUUCCUCUUCAUCGUUUUUCGACUUUCCUGUUUUGGGCUUUUUUAUGUUGUUGUUUCUGACACCCAAAGGAGACGCGACUGGUUUCCACGUGCAUACAAGACUUUUUUUUUUCUCAAUGUUUUAAACCUGGAUGUAAAAACAAGCUGAGGACUGAUUGUGCAACCUGCUGCAUUUUAUCGGAGGAGGGCGAAGGACCCUCGACACAGAUGUGUUGACAUUUUGGAGGGUCAUGAGGUUCAAGAACAGCUGGAUGUUUCUCACUAAACGAGGACCCACCAGUCACCAGUUCGUGCUUUUUUUGUGUGUGUGCGUGUGAGUGCGUUUGUUUCGUGGCUCUGCCCUCUAUGCUGCUGAUACGGGUGGGGCUUCACUAUGACCCCCCCACCUGCCCAGAGAGGAAGAUGAAACUGUCUCCUUAUUUUUUAAUAUUCCUGCUGCCUCAGCGAAGUGCAGCCACAGCGAGCUCGACGGCUCUACGGCCUGCUGGGACGAGCUGCGCCGUUAUACAGAAAUGUGAGUGUGAGUGUGGAUGAAUGAAUCUAGGCCCUUUUUUAAUAGCAAAACACUGCUGAGAACAAAAAAUCGAUUGGUUGUGUGAGGUGUGUGUGUGUGUGUGUGAGGGAGAACUGAUGAUUACUGUAUAAAGUAAACCUCCAGAGGGGGCUGUUUUUAUAUGUAUAAAUCUAUUAUUUAUUAGCGAUACCUUUUUGAAUAACAGUUUGUUUAUUAAUGGCUAAUCCCAGCUCUUAAACAAGAAUAUAAUAAUGUGGACGUAAUAACCUAAAUGUAAGAUGGUGAUUGUUUGUUUGGCGGGGUCGGGGCAUCGGCUAUAUGACGAUUAUUUGUGAUGUUGAACUGGAAACACUGAAGCGUCGUUGGUGUGGAGUUUGGCUUGUAUCUCAGCGCCGGCCUCUGAUUUCUGGGGCCCCUGUGUGCUUCUUCAGGCUACCUCCAUUUUCCAAACUGCUUGAAUAUUGGGUGAGAAAACAUGUCAUAUUUUUUAUGAAUUGUGCCCUUUAGAGAUUUUUUUUUUAAAAUAACUGUUUACUGUAACUAAUUCAACUUAAACUGUUUUCUAAUCCUGGAGUUUUUUUUCUUUUUGGCCACUGACAAAAACAAAACGCAUCGUACUGCGUCCAACAUCCGAGCUCACAGUCCAGUUAGUUUCCGUGGUUGUUGUUGCAAACUUAAGUCUUAAAACCGGUUCGCUCUCUUUCUGCAGCUGGGCAGAGGAAAAAUGUGAAGGAAGGCAACAAAUAUCCAGAAGCACGACUCGUUUAGAGACUCCAAAGCACCUGAAGACUCUCCGGCUCUGUUUCACAGCCCUGUUGGCUAAUUUAACCAACAUAACAUUCACAGAUGCUCUCGGACUAAAGCAGCAUGAUUUUAGAGAAUUUGCACUGUUUCUGUGUUAAAUUGUGAUGAGUCAUCAGUCAUUAGAUCACACUGUAUACAAACUCCAAACAGUGCCAAUAAGAAACUGGUAUCCAGUCUGACGGGCAGUUUGCCACCAGCAGAGACACUCGAGUUCUCCACAGGAGACGAGAGCUGCAGUGAUAAAUUGAUAAGUUAUCAAUUAUUAAAUCAGUCAGCAACUAUUCUGAUAGAUUCAAGUCAUUUUUAGGGGGGAAAAAAUUCUUAAAUGUGAAUAUUUUCUUGGUUUAUUUCCUCCUCUGACAGUAAACUGAUUUGUUUGUGUUGUGGACGUCAUCUUGAGCUCUGGGAAACAUUUUUCACCGUUUAUAGACAAAACAAUCGAUUUAUCGACAAUGAAAUAAUAUGUUAGUUGCCUCCCUUCUGGAAAUGCUUUGAGGCUGAUGGAGAGCUACGUUUGAUUUGAAAUUUUGCACAGAAACGGUUCUGAUUCUGCUUUUUUCCCUUCAUAACUCUGAUAGAUUACAUCGGUUUGUUUAAAAUACUUGACUUGUAUUACAGUACAAGUCUAUAAUUCAGCAGGAUGGUUUUACCAAUAGCAGUAGAAUUUCUAACAUUUGUCCCGUCACGUUUUGUUUGAAUCUUGUCUCAUAAAUGAUAAUUUAGUUGAUUUGCUUGUUACAUUUUUAGCUGCCAACUAGUUCCACAGAAAGAGUUGAGCAGCUCUCAGUUCUUCAUUCAUGUAAUUAUUGUAACUUUACCCUCACAGUCACAUGUUUGACUAGUUAAAAAUAUAAUGUGAAGAUUAAUUAGUGACGAUAGCUUCUCCAGUAAACCAUCUAACACUUUUACCUGACCAUUUAUCCCAAAACGUUUUGUUUUAUCUUAAUGUGAUAAAAGUUGUUCAACUCUGUGACUUUUGGCUCCUCCUGCUGGUCAUAAUCUGGACACCUGCUGAGAGAUUGUAGGUUCCUCCUCCAGGUUUAAGACCGAAACCAACAACACUCAGAAUGUAUUUUCUCUCAAUCAUCCGCCAUCGACUGUAGCUGCGUCUGCUGAAUGUAGAGUCCCAACCAAUGACUCCGUUUUUAGAAAAUCUAAAUCCUUCACAGCAUCGUAACACUAAUUGAGUGCUCUGACGCACACGCUCACACACGUUAGGCACUUUUGGGAACAUCAGCUUACAUACAGGACACACACGUGUGGACGAGUUCACACCUGCGGCACUCGUAAACACACACACCUGCAGCACUGCUGAGGACGCAGGCUCUGGUUUCACUGGGUCGGAGCGACCAAAUACUUUUCCCCUCUCUUCACGUUUGAGAGGCACCACAGAAACCAAGACUUGUUCCCUCCUCCACACUGUGACCUGUUAAUUUAUUAGCUUUGUGUUUUCAGUUGUAACAAUAGUGGGAAAAAAAGCUUUUUAGAAAUGGGAAAAUGUGUAGCUAGUUGUUAGAUCAUUUUUUGUUUGUUUUUGUUUUUUUACUUGCUGUUUUCAAGCAGUGUGAAUUUCAUUCAUAACAAAAGUUUUACAUUUUGGGAAAUUUGCUCAACGUGUUUGCUUUCUGGUGAAGAGUUGAAGCUCCGGAAAUGUUGUGCGGACUACGAAACGUCACCUGACAUUUCCAUCAGAGAGGAGGGAGGAGAUGAUGAGAUGAUCACGUGUUAAUUCUUGCAGUUUUCACCUUUUUUACAGAGACUGUUCUCCACAGUCGUUUCUAUCUUUUGUGCUUAGCUGCUGCUGGUUGGUUACCAGUCAGAUGUGAGAGUGGUAUGAAUCCUUUAU